AUGAGCUCUGCGCCGCCUUACGACUCGCUACCAGCUCGGCCAAGCCCCUGCCGUGCAAAAGAGUGGGAAAGAGAGCUGCACGGUGCUCAAAGACUGUCUUCCCCACUUCGACCGGCUUUACCUUCCAUUUCCCGACGGCCUUCGGCGCUUCCUGGAUAUCUGCUCUCACCCUCCCGAGAGUACACUGACCAACAGCAACGUCUUUCGUUAUCGCUGUGCUCGGAGGCCUCGCUGGCGCCCCCUGUACCUGCAGUGGGUGCCGCCCCACCAUGCUGCCGGGCGGUGGGAGUCAUGCCCUUGCUGCGCCUUGCACUCCUGAUUUUCAGCUUCCUUUUUUGGGCAGCGGGCCUUGCAAUCUUCACCCUAGGUGUCUGGGCGCAGGCUUCGUUGUCCGACUACAUGCUACUCUCUGCGAACCGCUACCCAAAUGCGCCAAUCAUCUUGUUAGGCACAGGUGCUGCUGUGACCGCUUGGGGCUUUUUGGGAUGUUUGGGAGUGGCUGCCAACCUUCCUUACCUUCUGCGGGCAUACGGCUUCUUCCAGUUGGCCACACUCAUGGGUGGACUAGCGGCGGGUCUCUCAGGGCUCUUUUACAGGGAGGAUAUUGCUGAAGGUUUCCGUAGCGGGCUUAAGAAAGCUGUUUUGGACUAUGGAGAAGACGAGGGCCACGCAGACGCACUGGACAGCCUGCAGAGGGCGCUUGAGUGCUGUGGCGCUGAGGAGCUGCAAACGGAUCACAGUGCAAGUGCAAGACAAACUGUCGUUAGUAUCAGAAUGGCCCAAAGGGUCACGCCACUGCAAAGACUAAAGUUCAACAACGUUGCAUUGAAAAAACUCCCGUUGGAUUCGUCACUAGAACCGGGCUCACGGACCGUGACGGGGGCGUGUUUUUCCAGUGUUCAGCCGCAGCCUCUGCUCAAGCCCACAUUCGUCGCGGUAUCGGAAGCGGCUCUUGCUUUACUGGGACUGAACGCGGACGAUGUUUUAUGUGACCCGCACGGGGCUGAAUGUCUAAGUGGCUCUCGGGUGAUUCCGGGCUCUGAGCCCGCUGCGCACUGCUACUGCGGACACCAGUUUGGUCAUCUCGCCGGGCAGCUGGGUGACGGUGCUGUGUGUUAUCUGGGGGAGGUGGAGGUGGAGGCCGGUGCUGAGCAACGUUCUAACCCGAUCAGCACAAGCCCCUGUGGUCGGUGGGAAAUUCAGGUUAAAGGCGCUGGACUGACGCCUUAUUCUCGGCAGUCUGAUGGGCGUAAAGUGCUCCGCUCCAGCAUUCGAGAGUUCCUGUGCAGUGAGGCCAUGCUUGCAUUGGGAAUUCCCACAACACGAGCGGGAUCACUGGUGACCUCUGACCUUUAUGUCCAGAGGGAUGCGUUCUACAGUGGCAAUCCCAGACCAGAGAGGUGCUCAGUGGUUCUCAGAAUAGCACCCACCUUUAUCAGAUUUGGCUCAUUUGAGAUCUUCCACCCUGUGGAUGACUUCACAGGUAGACAUGGCCCUAGUGUUGGACGUACUGAUAUUCGUGCACAACUUCUGGAUUAUGUCAUUGAAACAUUCUACCCUGAAAUACAACGAAGACAUUUAGAUCGCCAAGAGAGGAAUGCUUCCUUCUUCAGAGAGGCGACCGUGAGGACUGCCAAACUGGUUGCCCUGUGGCAAAGUGUGGGAUUUUGCCAUGGAGUUCUCAACACAGACAACAUGAGCAUCUUGGGACUCACUAUAGACUAUGGCCCAUUUGGCUUCAUGGACAGGUUUGACCCUGAGUUUGUGAGCAAUGCCUCUGAUAAGAAAGGCCGUUAUUCUUAUGAAGCUCAGCCAUAUGUCUGCCGCUGGAACUUGGCACGUUUGGCAGAAGCUCUUGGCACGGAGCUCCAGUCAGCCAAAGCAGGGGCCAUUUUAGAUGAGUUCAUGACCAUUUAUCAGGACUGCUACCUGGACAUCAUGAGGAGGAAGCUGGGUCUUCUGAGACAACAAGAACCAGAGGAUGUGGAGCUGGUGGCUGAUUUAUUGAAGACUAUGCACAUCACAGGUGCAGACUUCACAAACACAUUUCGUCUGCUGAGUGCCGUGUCCUGUCCUGCAGGUGAACAGAAAGACAGGGACAGCACAGACUCAGUAGUGGAACUGAUCGUGGAACAGUGUGCCUCGCUGGAAGAACUAAAGGUGGCCAAUCAUCCUACAAUGCAGCCCGCACGUUGCAAGAAAGACAAGGCAAGAGAAUUGAUGAUUCUCUCCAUGGCUGAGACAAAUCCAGGUAUGUUCAACAUGGUAACCAAUCAGCCAGAGGUCACCAAGCAACUGGAGAAGAUUGGCAGGCUGAAGGACCUUCUCGUAAUCAAUGAAGUGGAGCUAAAAAUAAAGCAGAGAGAUCAUUGGCAGAGAUGGGUCAAACAAUACAGGAGACGUCUGGCUCAUGAAUGUGACGAAGUGAGUGACCCUGCUGCAGUAGAGAAAGAACGGGUCAGAUCCAUGAACUCCACCAAUCCUGCUGUUGUACUGCGGAAUUACAUUGCCCAGAAUGCAAUUGAAGCAGCUGAAAGGGGUGUGAUUUUUCAGAGGUCAGAGGUUCAACAGCUGCUUAAAGUUUUGGAGAACCCUUAUUCGGUCAGUGCGGAUCUGGAGCGUCCAGUAUGGUCAGCAGGAAAUGGGUCAGUCCAAGCUGAUGGCGACAGCAUUAAGGGACAGGAAGUUAAGGAGAACACUAAAAGAAAAGCAGCAGCUGAUACUCACCAGAUUCCAUAUAACAGUAAACCUCCUGCAUGGGCCAGAACGAUCUGUGUCACAUGAUCAUCCUAAUAAAGCCUCCCAAACAUCACAGCCCAAUCCAAUACAGAAAGAAAGCCAGAGAAAAUGUAGAACAUUCUCUUUUGAGUUUCUCUG